UUAAUAAAAUAACGCUCAUGAUAUUAGCACAAUGCUUUAGUUUUAUUAAAGCAGGCUGUGUUCUAGCCUAGCUCUUUUAUUUCAUCAAAAUUUUAAAAGUCCGUCCACUAUGCUGGUGAGCUGCCCGAUUGUUAGUCCAGUUAAGAAACUGGUUGCAGAACUCAAGAAGCACCACAUCAUACCCAAGCUGUUGGUCUGCAAACCCACGGAGGUGAUCACUGUGCUAUAUCCCUGCGACAUUGUGAUCACUCCGGGCAUAACUGUGGUUAUUACCGAGGUGGUCAACCAGCCAAUCAUCCGGUUCAAGGCCGACCUGGAGCGGUUCUAUACGCUGAUGAUGAUCGACCUGGACGUGCCACCGAACAGCGAGUGGCUCAUCUGGCUGGUGGGCAACAUUCCGGGCUGCGAUGUGGCCUUGGGCCAGACGCUCGCGGCUUACCACAACCGACGGUCCAUGGAGGGUAAAAGCAUCCAUCGAAUCGUCUUCCUGGCCUACAAGCAGUAUCUGGAGCUGGACUUCGACGAGAUCCUCAUUCCCGAAGGCGACAAUACGCGUCGCACCAAGUUCAAUUGCCACCGAUUUGCGCGGAAGUACGCCUUGGGCAACCCCAUCGCCGUCAAUUUCUAUCAGGCCGAAUGGGAGUGGCGAUGGACACCCCAGUUUAUGAGCGUGGAACACGAAAUCGAAUAAAGUGGCCAAGUGUAACACGUUUCUGUACUUGUUUUGUGUUUGAAAGGAUUUUUAAAAAAGGA